AUGGACGUGCUGAGGUUCGUGCGCGGCGCCGCGCCGCCGCAGCAGCCUCCGGUGGCGCCGGCCUCGGUGCCGCCCCCGGCGGCGGCGGCGAUGUCGGCGCAGCGCCAGCGGCAGCCUCCUCUGCACCAGCCGCCGCGCGCGCCGCUGCACGCGCCGCUGCUGCGCAUGUGGCCGCGUGGCGGGGGAGAUAGGCCGCCGCCCCCGGCUGGCGCCUCCGUCCGCGGCGCGGAGCCGAGGAGUCCUCCGCCCGAUGAUGAGGAGCGGAAGGAGGAGGGGAACGAGCGGAGGCAGGGCGGCAACUGGGUGCUGCAGAUGCUGCGGGUGCAACCGCGGUGGGUGGAGGCGGCGGACGCGGAGGCCUCCGGCGGCGGCGGUGGCGGCCAGGAACCGGAGGAGGAACCGAAGGCGGCGGCUGUGGCUGCCGCAGGUGGCGUCGAGGUGUUCGACCGCGCGUCUUUCUCGCGGCUCCUGCGGAAGGCGUCGCUCCUGGAGGCUAAGGAGUACUCCAUGAUGUCCUACCUCUGCAACAUCGCCUACAUGAUCCCCAGAAUUCAGCCAAAAUGUCUCCGGAGAUACAAUUUGCGGUUUGUGACAUCGUCAAUGCAAGACAAGGCCGGAACUAGCCCUGAUCAGAAGCAGGAGCAUAGCACUAAGAAAGAUGAAUCUGGGGAUCAAGCACCUGAAGCUGUGGACAGUGUGGUGCCAGCGAGCCAGGGGGAAAGAAGUGGCCUAGGGAUUAGCGCCUUUGGUGCAUACCAUGUAGUGUCUUCGGCUGCCUCUUAUUUGCAUUCCCGGGCCAUGGGCAUUAUGCCAUUUGGUCCCGGGAAUGAUGCCAAGGAUGAUCCAACCAUCAUGGCGUUCGUGAGUGGCGAGAGCAGUGACGGGUUGAGCUUGGACGAAGCCUCAUUUGUGGCCACAACAAAUUCGGUAACCUCCAUGGUUGCGGCGAAGGAAGAGACACGACAAGCCGUUGCAGAUGAUCUGAAUUCUUCAAGAUCUUGCCCUUGUGAGUGGUUCGUCUGUGAUGAUGAUCAAAACAGCACAAGAUACUUUGUGGUUCAGGGCUCAGAAUCAAUUGCUUCUUGGCAGGCCAACCUUUUAUUUGAACCUGUCAAAUUUGAGGAACUCGAUGUGCUCGUUCACAGGGGCAUAUACGAAGCUGCCAAGGGGGAUGUAUCACCAGAUGCUACCCUACGUGAAAGCCCACUUGAAGAGCUGCAGCAAAUCCGCACGGCUGCGGUUGCCAACGGGAAUUUCCGCAGCCACCCGUGCCUCACAAACCAGAAACUCCUGUACGCGCCGAUGGGGGAGGUGCUGAUCCUGCAGCCGGACGAGCGGCUGUCCCCGCACCACCACCUGCUCCCGCCGGACAGCGGCAUCUACCACCUGGCCGGCGUCGACGGGGCAUCGGCGUCGGUGUCAGCGUCCGGCGACGGCUCCCUGUCGCAGCAGCUCCGGUCCGCGCUGUCGGCCUUCUUCAACUCGCCGCACCCGCUGGAGAUCCUCAAGGACGGCGCCGCGUACGGUCCCCGGGGCUCCGUGUACCGCGACCACGACGUGAACUCGUACCUCCGGUCCGUGCGCGCCGUGGUUCGCAAGGAGGCCCGGCGCGCGCGGGAGGAGGCCGAGCGGGGCCGGUGGCGGUGGCGCCUGCUCCUGUGGUGGCCGUUCGGCGUCCACGGUGUGUCGUCGUCCGGCUCCUCGGGGCGGCGCGGGGGCCUCGUGGACGCCGUUAGCGAGGCGGCCAGGCGCGCGCACCUGCUGGUGGUGGUGCUGCUGCCCGCGGAGCUGCUCGCUCUCGGCGCGCUCCUGGCCGUUAUUAGAUUCAGGUGA